AUGCCCGCCCUCGACUUUGCAAUCCUGAACCCAACGGCGGCGGCGGCACAGCAGCAGCAGCAGCAGCAGCGAGGCGCGGCGACGCUGGUCCUCCACCGGCUGGUCAAGCGCAAGAACUGGGCUGCGCGCGAGCCCGGCGUCAUCCUCGUCUUCUGCAUCGUCGGCGCCAUCGUCAUCUUGCUGCUUUCGCUGUUCACGUGGAAAAAGCUGCAGCAGAGGAGGGUGGCCAAGGCUGGCUAG